AUGGACCCAGUUUCAGCGUUCGGCCUGGCCGUCAACGUGUUGGCCGUCGUCGACUUCUCGAAGACUUUCCUCGAGACUCUGGGGCAAAUCAAAGAUUCUGGUUCCUCGGCUGCGACACAAAAUAUUGUGAGCAUCAGUCGCAGCCUUCAGGCAUCAAACGCAAAUAUUACACUUCACCCGCUGGUUGAUGGUGAUGAUAAGGUUUUCAAGGACCUCGUCGAGGAAUGCCAGAGCCUUUCCGAGGAGUUGAUACGCCUCGCAGACGAACUUUCCGUCACAAGCUCGAGUGCGCUGGUGACGAGGGUCAAGGUCACAGCUCGUACAAUGUGGAGCCACAGCAAGAUCGAAGCGAAGAAAACUCGACUGGAAGCAAUUCGUGCACAGCUACUAUUCGAUAUUGUUGUACCCAUAGCCGGAAGAGUCAACACCAUCCCCGACAAGGCUGCCAUUAACACUCAGACUCGGACUCUUCUGAGCGAGAUAAGGGCAGGUGCAGACGCAAGCGACGCCAUGGAGAAGCGACUUCGCGCCUUCCACGAAGAGUACGCUGCCGUUCAGGACAAGCGGCACGUUGAAAUCGUCUCUCUUCUUCAUGAGAUACGUGACGUGAAACCGCGACUUGGCACCUUCCCAAUGAGAGACAGUGAUCGCAAAACAAGGGAUUUGGUCUUAAAUGACCUACUGGCUUCUCUCUACUUCCGUCAAGAAUAUGACCGAUUUCACGACAUCAACUCUGCUCAUAAAGGUACUUUCGAGUGGAUUUUCAGGGAUUCUCCCUCAGCAGCAAAUAAGGCAACCUGGUCAAACUUUGACGACUGGCUGCGACACCAUGCCGGAAUCUACUGGAUUUCAGGAAAGGCCGGGUCGGGAAAGUCCACGCUGAUGAAACUUCUGGGUACGGAUGAGCGAAGUCGCGCUGCUCUCCUCAAAUGGAGCGUUGGUAGCCGUCUGCUAAUCCUCUCAUUCUACUUCUGGAGCCCUGGUACGCCGUUACAGAAGUCGUUGGAAGGGCUACUCAGGUCCAUCAUUGCCCAAGCUCUCAAGGCCUGCCCCGAGCUGGCCGAAAAGAUAUUCCCGGAUCGCUUCGAACACCGUAUCAGCGACCGUCAUUGCCCGACAAUGCAACAGCUUACACGAGCGUUUGCCUCCUUAACAGCUCCAGGUUUGGUAGACGACUCCCAGGUUCCAAUAAAGCUAGCCCUCUUCAUCGACGGUCUUGAUGAGUUUGACGCUGGUUCAAUGAGCCAUGCGGAGCUAGCUGCAAUACUCACAGCAGCUAAGAAUUCAUCAUCAUUUAAAGCUGUUUUAUCCAGCCGGCCUGAGAACGCAUUUGAGGACGCGUUCGUAGACUGUCCCAACCUGAGACUGCACCUUCUCACUCACAAUGACGUUGUCAAAUAUGUGAACGAGAACCUUCGCGCCCACCCUCGGAUGAUCCAGCUUGAAUCUCAGGCCCCAGAUAAGACAGCCAGUCUUGUUGAGGAAAUUGUGGGAGCCGCCCAGGGAGUGUUUCUUUGGGUGAGAGUCGUCGUCAGAUCACUUUUAGAGGGCCUACAGAAUCAUGACGACAUAGGUACCUUGGUCGAGAGACUUCAUGAACUACCCACCGACCUGGAGGAUCUAUUUCGACUCAUGCUUCAGCGAGUUCCGCACAGGUAUAAGCAAGCGAUGUCGAAGAUAUUCCAGCUUUUGAGUGUCUGA